UAGUUGCCGGCCUGUCGUUUGACUAAAAUGUCUGACGCUUUUCACGCAGUGGCUCCGUUUGACUUGGACGAGCACGGAAACAGAACAGUAGAAUUAAAAAGGUUCACGCAUUUGAAAAGUUCCAACCUUGACGCGCGGAUUGUAACGUCGUUUUUAUCACUGGCAUCAUGUAUUCGUUGGUUACUUAGCGUUUACCACGGAAGUCUGAUGUACAUUGAACAGGAAAAAAUGAUACUUUCAUCUAUGCUUGUGAUAGUCGCUUGAAAGAAUAACUGCUUGCAUGACAAGGUAAGACCUUGUCAAUGACAGAGACAAGUAUAGCAAUUUAAUCUUUGUAAAGAUAAACUGGUAAAGAAAAAUACUAACACGAUGUCGCAGUCAGAAGAUGCUUAUGCUCCGGAGGAGCCGACACCAGACAUUCCGAUAUCUUUGCUUGACAUACAAAUGCCAGAAACACCAGAUAGUACAAAGGGUCAAGUCAGUGAUGGAGACACACCCCGACUGGAGAGUCCUAAAAUGCUUAAACCUGUACUAGGGAAAGUGCAAGCGAAAAAGAGAUUGAUGGCAUUCGUCAAUAAGUUUAGCAUGCUACCAAAGGUUUCGAAUAAAUCCAAUUUACUACAAGCUCGCUCUGGGAAAAUGUCUAAGAGUAAGAUUAGCGACGACAAGUCUUCGCAAAAUGAAUCUAAUGCAGGGUUAAGUAUGGACACGGAUUCUAUACAGCAGUUUCAUACGCGUCAUUCGGGUAGUGGAAAAUUAAAGAAAAAAACAGAAGGAAAGAUACUGGCCAUCGAGGAAAUUAGACGAGAAGAGUCCAAAAGUAAAAUGCUACUGGCAGAAGCAAUGGCCUCAGCUAGUUUAGAAGAAGAAAACUACGUGAAUAGGAACGGGCAAAAUUUAUUAGAAAAUGUAAAGGGUAUGAGAGAGAGAAAUAGGCAUGAUGAUAUUAGCGUUUCUCGUAAAAGUACUUUAAAGUCGAUGAUGGACAGCAAAUAUUCCGAAAGAAGGCGAUACGGUAGAGAAGAACGAAGAGAUAGCAUGAGUAGAGAAACAAAAGAUUACAAUGGAAGCAAGGAACGGUAUUAUAAGGUCUCCCAUAAUAAAGAACAUCGUAAGAAAGAGAAAGAUAAGAAAGAUGAGAGAGAUAAUAAACGUGACGAUACUAACAAGUAUGACGAAAAUCGAGAUAAGCGGGACGAUGAAAGAGAUAAAAAAGAUAAUGAAAAAGAUAGGUGGGAGGAUAUAAAGGAGAAAAAAGUAACAAGGGAGAAAAAAGAAAAUUUUAGGGAAAAAAGAAGUGUUUCGAAAGAGAAAAGUUCCGAAGUUAGAGAGAAAAAAGAGAAGGACAAAGACAAAGAGAAGGGAAAAGAGAAGGAUAUAACAAAUUUUUCUUCGUGGGUGGAGCUAAAGAAGUGUGGAAUUACGACGGAUGAUGUUAUUGACAUUAGAAGACGCGAUUACUCGGAACGAUCGACGAAGAACAGAAUAGCCGAGGAUUAUUUACGUUACUUGGAGCAAAUGUUACUAUUAAACGACUAUCGUUUAAAGCGAUACGCUUUCACCGCUGAAGGACUCGAUGGACCUAAAGAAUAUCCUCCCGAAUCGGUGAAAGUGACCAAACGAGGAAGGCCUCAAUUACUUUACUGUGAAAAUCCUCGUAUGUCGCUUUUCCUCAAUCGUCAACAAAUUCUUCAAGUCGUCCCUGCUGAUCGUCGCGAUAAGAUGCGGAAGAUAUGCGAAGCAGACGUUACACGAGAUAAUGCCGAUGAAGUAGAGAAGCCACCGCGCGUCCGUCAUUGGUAUCCUAAGGCAGGCAUGUCCAAAUUCAGCGAAAAGACCAAGUGGCAGUUCCCCAUCAGCGUACAACUUCCUAGGUCAAAAUGGGACAGCGAAGAUGAAGAUAGAUUAUCUAACGACACCGAGAAGGAACAACGGACUGAAGUAGAAUUAAACGAAGCUACUUCGGAAAAAGAGCAAGAGUCUUUUUCUCCGUGUUCGGGCGUGGUAGAGGAGAACAUUAUCGCCAACAAAAAGACAAUUAACGAAGACAACGAAUCUUCCAGUAUCAAAGAAGCCGACGAUGACGGUAGACAAUCAACCUCUCCGUUGCUAUCAUCAGCAGGUAACGAGAAACUGGCAUCGGAGUACGAACAAUUUAUGAAAAUGGUUUGCACCGACAUAUCUACGUCGGAAGACUUCUCACCGAAAGCGAUUACAAUCAAAUCCGCUUCGUCGCUGAGCUACCACGACUUCAAUAUAGAAACCAAUUUACCGGAAGACAACACUUUUCCCUUUGUUGAUCAUAACACACCUGGAAAAUCGAAUAAAGUGGAUAAAAAUCAAACUGAGGAAAAGAUGAAAAGCGAUGAGAAUCGCCAAAAUGUGGUGAAUAUUUCGGAAGUUGUGGACGACCGAGCGUCUUUGAGCAGUUCUCGUAUUCAGGUAGAGGAAUGCGCGAGAAACGAUAAAGAAAUCCACGAGAAAAGCAACACUGACGAUUCUAGAUCGAUUCCCAGCGAUUGGGAAAAUGUUCAAAUCAAAGUGGAACGUCUCAGCGACGAGAAUUCUGAUUCCAGAGAGACGAAAAAGAAGAAAAGGCGAAAGAAGGUGAGUUCCAGUAGCGAGUCGUCCAGCACUACGAGUUCUUCAGAUUCCGAGGAAGAAGCACUGAGGAAGCGAAGGAAACGAAAGUUGUCGAAGGACAACUCAAGUUUCUCGGAUUCGGAGAGCAGCGAGAGCAGCACUACCACCACCAGCAGUAGUAGCAGCGAUUCCUCCAGCUCCGAUGACAAACGGAAAAAACGAAGAAAGAAGAAACGAAAGGCUGAGAAGCGGAAGAAGAAAGCGAAACGAAUAGCUAGGACGAAGAAAAAACGAAGGAGAAAAGUGAGCUCCGAUUCCAGCGACAGCGAGUCUUGUGAUGGCAAAAGAAAAAAGAAAGUUGCGGGCAAAAAGUCGAAACAGAAACGGGACUCUACGAAAAAACAGAACAACGAUGACUUGAUAAAAGUUGUUGAAAAAUCAUCCUUGGAUUCUCCACUGUCGCAAAACGCGAAGUUACUGCGCCCACAUGUUCCAACGAAGAAGAUCAAGGAGGAAGCGAAGGUCGAAUCCAGAAAAAGGUCUAUCGAGAAACACGACAUUUGGGUGAAAGAGCAAGACUUGUCGCGGAAAGUGAUUUCCGACAACGUCGUGUGCAACAAAGCUCACAAGGACAAAGAGCAGUUAAGUAAAAUGAGCGAAAGGUACUUGGAGGAUUGGGAAAUGGAUCCUGUGACUAUACCGCAGCACAAGUCGGAGAGAGUAUCGAAAGGUGGUAUCGAGAAAAUGGCUGACGCAGAUGUGGAAGACCUCGAGAAGGUGGAAAAGAAAGACGAACGAAACAAAAAGGACGACCGAAGCAAGAAGGACGAACGUCUCAAAGAGGCGUGUUCGAGUAUUGGAGCGGAGAUCGUACAGGGAUCUAAGAAAAUCGAAGAAGACAACGACGCGAAGAAGAGGAAGAAACGGGACAAGGAGAAAAAGAAUAGUAAUGAAUUUCUAGCCGAUUGGGAGAAAGAGAGCGAACGAGUCUCGCAGAAUGUAGCGCAAGACGAGACAAAGCUUUCGAAGAAGUUGGAUAAGCAGAAGGAUAAGUGGGGAGAGACUGAAUUCGAUACCCUAAAUGUACUAUCUUUGACGCAGCUAGAAAGGGAAGUGAGCAAAAGGCAGUUGCUGGCGGAUGAGUGGGAAGUCGAUAGUCUGGAAGCUGCACCCGAUCUACCAGUCAGUAAAAAGAAAUCUACGCGCAGUUUGAAAAAAGUCGAGAAAGAAGUUCGUUACGAUAAAAAGACGGACACAUACAUCGCUAUAGAGAAAGAAACUUCGCGAGAAUCUAAGAAGAGGCAAGAUCGACUCUCCGCGAUGAGAAUUUGGGAAGAAGAACAAGAAGAAGGAGAAAAGGAAGCUAUGAUUCUUAUGGAGCAGAAGAGUAAAAGGAAGAGGGACGAAUGGGACAUCGAGGAGGAAUUGUACCUGCGAGAAAAAGAAGAGAGGAAAGAGAUCAUCGAAGAUAACGUUACAACGAUCGAUAUUCACAAAGAAAUAAUUGCAGCUAGCAACGAUAUGGAUACAUCAACGAAACGGGAUGCAAUUAUAGUUAAAAAGAACAAGAAGAGUCGUUGGGAUAUAGCGUCGCAAUCUGAAGAAAAGGUAGAGCUUAAAGCUCCCGUUAUGUGGGAAGAGGAAUGCGCCGAAUGGGCGAAUAUAAACAAUUACGAACGCAAAAGUGAUAAAGUAUCUUUGGAACAGUGUGAUUCGCUGCUGUCGAAGAACAAGAUAAAAGUCGAAGACGCUUGCAUCGCUGAUCAGCAAUCCAGAAAGUCUAUAUCCAAGAGUUCAGACAUCAUUGAUUUAUUCUCAAGAAAUUCUCAAGACGUAAAUUUGCUAGAAUCAUCUUGGACUGCCGAGGAACUCGUGAAAAGUAAAUCACGAAUAAAAAGUUUAGAAAGUAGUUCCCAAAGGGAUACAUACUUGGAGAAAAUUAAGGGACGAACGCCUUCGCCAGUCGUGAAGGAACAUCGGGUUGUAGACAAACUGAAAGAUUUAUUUGAAAUGGAUGUGAAGUUAACUAAAAAGAAUAUCGAAUUGUAUAGUCCCAGUUCUCCUGCACCAUCUCAAAAAUCCGAAGAUAUGGAAACAUUCGACAAAGGCCGCUCGAACUCUUUGCGUCUCGGAGAUGGACUCUCUCAGGAUAAGUUGAAAAAGGAAACCUGUAUUAUGUCUGACGAAGAUUCUAUUUCCGUUGGCAAUAUUCCUCUUCAGAUAAAGUAUCGCGAAAACAAAUACCCGUUGUCUACAGUGCCGAAAGGAGAGUUCGAGGAGCUUCUAGGUGUGCAAACAGAGGUUCAAACGACUCCGAAAAGAUUCAAUGCGGCCAAAGAUCCUGAAGCUUCGCCUAGUAUGCUUUCAAUCAACGAACCGUGCCCCGAUAUGAGUAAUUACAAAUCCCUACGAAUGGACAUAUUCGCCGAGUACGAAUCCGAAGAGUCUCGAAGCAAGUUGAGUCCGAAGACCAUCGAGGUGGUAUCCUCUACCAGCGCAAAAGAGGAGGAAUCAGGUGAGAACAAAGCAGCUCUGAAACUGAUACCCAAACAAUUACUGGUUAGACGUAACGAGCGUGGAAAAGCAAAGAUGAUCUCUGACAAUCCCAUGCAACACGCCGCAGCUCUUUUGACGAUCCAGAAGAAGCUGCGCGAGGCUCAAGCCAUGAGACCUGACAGCAGCGUACCCCGCGCGGAAUCUUUGAACGAAUUCAAGAUCGAAUGCGACAAACAGGCUGAGAUACCUGUUUGCAACGUUGUUUCUACCGAACAGACUACUCUCGUUGACGUCAAAGUCGACUCGAAAGAUUUAUCGGUGAAAACUUCUAUUAUAACCAAGUCGGAAUCCCCAGGUUCGGUGAAGCACGACGCCGAUGAAUAUAAAUCGAACAACAGAGGGUCUGAUAAAGCAGAGGAGCUUAAGAAGCCGAGGUCCAGUGGCAAGGACGUCAGCGACACGGAAACACAGCUUCGAUCACCGGUCAGAGAACAGAGGAAACGAAGCCCCGACAAGAAGGACAACGAUAAACGAAUCAGCGAUCGUGGCAAAGAAAGGAGAGAGAAAAAGUUGGACGACAGAGAUAGAAACGACAGAAGGGAUGGCAGAAGCUCGAAACAAGACUACCCUGAAAGCAGACGAAGGUUGAGCCCCUCGAGUGGUCGCAACAGGAAGAGAAGAAGCGUUAGUCCGCGUACAUCCUGGGAGAGAGAGAGUCACAGUCGUAGUUGGAGCAGAAGCAGGAGUAAGAGUCCGAAGAGGAAGGACGAAUCGAUCGCCUCUUCCAGUAGAGAAAAACGAUCGAUCAGAAUCGACGAGGAGAGAUGCGGUCGAUCUAGAGCGGAGGAUAGAAGGGAAAGAUCUACGCGAACUCCUCCGCGAUCCAACACUGCCACGUAUAGCAAAGACCACUUUAAAAAGUAUGGAUCCACCAAAGGAGAUCGCGACGAUUGGAGUAGGAGAAAGUACGACCCCAUAGAAAAGGAUCGAGAGAAAGAAGGGAGGUCAUACGAUCCUAUGGAGGUGCUCAGAGAAAGAAACAUAGAUCCUGACAGACACAGAGAGGGUAGAUCUCGAGGGGAAGAAAUCGAUCGAUCCUUUUGGCCUUACGAGUCCGAAAACGUUCUACGGGAUGGAAACGAAUCGUUGGACUCUUACCCGAAUGGUCAAGGUUUGGAUCUCGAUUACGAAGAAAAAGCGUACUAUAGAGACGACAGUAUGGAAAGAGAUGCUUCGGAGGGUCCCCUUCGUUCUACGACAAAGAUCAAGCAAAGAAGAAGCAGAUCCAACACGAGACGAGACAGACAAUGGGAGAAAGACAGGGAUUCGUUAGACUUAGAUAGACACGGACAUGUUCGAAGAACAGAGAAACUACCACCGUCGAGAUGUCGUUCUCCGCCAAGACUACGACGUUCACCGCCCAGAAUAUCGCACGAUCGCUUCAGACGGGGAUCUAGAUCGCGAUCGAGAUCCUGGUCAAGAUCCCGAACGAGGUCUAGGUCUAGAUCAAGAACUCGAUCACGAUCUCGAUCGACGUCGAGGUCGCGGUCGAUGAUGAGAUCCAGAUCCAGAUCGAGAUCGCGAUCGAGGACCAGAUCCACUUCCAGGUCGAGAUUAAGAAGUCCCAAUCACGGUUUAAGAGUAACAGAACGCUUACGAUCUUCUAGAUCACCCUCAGUGGGACGAGACAGAAUCAGCGAAAGUUCGAGGGAAAGAAAGGAAGAACACGAUAAUAGGAAAUUAGACACCUGCGCUGAGAGGGGUAGACGCAUAGAAACGAUUGUUCAGUCUGUAUCCGGAAUGUCUAGGGUUAUGGCUGACUCAGCCGUAUUAGACUCAGAAAUGCAUAUUGGUGGCAAUAUGGAAACGGUCGCAACUAGCUUCCAAUAUGCCAACGAGAACGAAGUUGGGAACGAGUAUUACUAUAGCGAGAAUAACUUAACCUAUCCACCGUGUAUCGACGAUUCAGCUACGAGUUCACCGAAACGUUUAUCUCUUGAUGAUAGGCUGGAACUCGAGUUAGGGAUUAAGAAACAACAGGACAACGCAGGAGCCAUGAGCGACUAUCCUGAUAAUUUCAAUUCCAACGUCUGUUAUCCUUCGUCGCCGCAACAGCAGAUGAUGUAUCGUCAGCAACCUACAGUGUUACAAGUGGGCAACGUGCUGCAAGUAGUACCCGCAGACUUCAAUGGAGUUCCUACUGCGCGUAGGGAACCAACGAAUUCCACGCCAGCUCCAAUCGUCCGCGGUUCUAGCCAGGUCGUGCGAGUAGGUAAUGUUCUUCAAGUUGUGCCGACAUCGUUAGACUGGAGUGGUGGACAGUCCUCGUCGGUCGACCAACCCGUAGGAAUGAUGUACUCUGCGCCAGUCCCACAGCCUUCUCCUGUACCUUCGGUCCCUCCUAUCACUGUACCUGUUCCAGUUCCAGUCCCCAUGCCAGUACCAGUUCCAGCCGUGAUAAACUCAUCGACGUCAGUGUCCACGUUAUCUCCGGUCCCAUUACCUAUCUCUGUACCCGUCCCAGUUCCGGUUCCAAUUCCGGUGACGCAGACGACGUUCCCCAGAACGGAAGUAGCACCUCCAAAAGCUCCAGUUCAACCCGUAUAUAAUUACGAGGCUAUUCUGGAAACUCGUCGUAAAGAAAGGGAAGAACGCAAACGAGUGCGCGAAAUGAGAAGGAAAGAAAAGGAACGCAGGCGAAUAGAGAGGAUCAAUCGACGCGCUCUUCGAUUAUUGGAGAAGAGUACUAUGCGUCAGUCGGACAGCGACGGCCAAGCGCAGACCUCGAGUCUGGAUCCAGCUGUCUUGAAAGCUCUUCGAGAAACCGAGGAACAAGCUGACGCUGAAGAGUCGCAACCCUCUAUUGCAGCUGUCGACAAAGAACAAGAAACACCAGUUGCUACAUUCUCCGUUCCAGUGGAAGAAGAGGAUAUAAUAGUUGUCGACGAGGAAGAAGAAGAGGAAGAGGAAGAAGAAGCCGAGGUGGAGGAUGACGAAGAAGACGAAGAGGAAGCGGAAGAUGACGAAGACGAAGAGGAAGAAGACGACGAAAAGUCUUCAUUGCGAUUAAACAAUCGACGAAAUGAAGUGCCCGAAGCUGUUGUAGCGUCGACGAGCGAAACAAGCAAUGUCCAAGUCGAUACAGAGUCCAUGGAGUGGCCAGACUUGCCCCCACCGCCUUUAAAGGGAAUUUUAGUUGCGCAAGGUUUCAGGAGAUCUUUGGUUCCUAACGGCAACCUGGAUGAACUGUCUACUCCCGAAAAUGAAAGCGAAGACAACACGGAUAAAGAAAGCGCGGAUGUAGACAAAAACAACGAAUCGAAUAAGGACGAUGUUGACAAUAAGGCGCGGAAAUCAAAGGCUCAAACCAAAACAAAGUCAAGGUUAACGAAAUCAAGCAAGAGGAAACAAAGGAGUAAAAAGUCAGUCCAGUUCGCGGACGGAAUCAAACCUGGCGAAGGCACGAGUCCUAGUGGCGGCGAAGGAGACAUGCCGUCUCCUCCGCCUCCAUCGUCUGUGAUUACCAGAGAUGGAGUUCGCGAAGUACGGAGGUCUAGCUCGAGAAAAAGUAGGAAACAAGAGAAGAGAACACGACCACCGAAGGCAAAGAAAAAAGUGAAGGUAAAAAUCAUAAAGCUGAAGAAGCCGCGCGUAACUCCGUUAACAGCGAUGAUGAUGGACGACUCGGACGAUCUGGACGAUCGUUCCCCUCCACCGCCACCUCCUGGUUCACCACCCCCACCGCAUCUUUGGCCCAGCUAUCUAUCCGCGUACAAUUCUACGACGCGACCUAUCGAAGUUCCAGCGGCAACGUCCACGACUUCGAAUACCGUUCAAGCUCCUCCUCCGCCCACUCCGUUACCACUUUUAAUUCCUCCUCCUCCUCUGAAUUACACGAUACAACCCUGUAGCAAGGCGUAAGGUUCACGUGUCAUCGAGCAACGUUUUUAGACUGAACUUGAAAAAAGGAAGUUCGUAAACGUAGGGUGGUCUCGAUAAGAAAGCGACCCGAAGUCGUUAGAAUUCUACGCAGGACUUAACGAAAAUUAUGUAUUAUUAUUAGUAACAAUUCUCAUCGAUUGUUCUCGCUUCCUGUAAAUAGCUUCACUCUUCGUGAUACGAUCGUCAUCCUCGGAAACGAAGAGUUCACAUGCGACCAAGUGUUCCAUUGCGUCCAGGUCUCGGCGUAUUCGUAUUACGUUUGAUAUAUUUUCGAUACGAAGAAAAGAAAAAGGAUCGAGUAUAAUGGAGAUUGUAAGCACGACACGAGUGUAAUUUAUAGCAUGGGACUCGGACUUUUACGACCGAUUGUUAAUAGGGAGUACAUUGUUGAAGAUGUAAGAUAUUACACGUGGAAGACGAAUUUAUCAUUGUAUAUUUUACUUUUAUAGUUUACCACGAACUGUCUUCAACCUAGACGUAUAGUUGACAAAAAUAUGGGUCUUGAUGCAAUUCCAUUUAUUUUAUUUCUCUGUUUCUUUUUGUUCGUUUCAGCUCGUUCUAUCUGUGGAAACAAAGAGUCUGUAUAUACACGGGGAUAGAUGCGAUUAGACCAAAUUUCGUAUUAAACGACGAAUGCAAAUAUAAAUUAGUAAAGUGAAGCUGAGCUUAAUCAACUAGUUCUCCAAAUUCUUACAUUCGUUGUACAUAAUCUCGGUCGAUCUUUGCUUAGCAUGGAUCGUUUCUUUUUACUCGGUGAAUGCCCUUCUGCUUUACGCAAAACUAUAUGUAUUUCUCUUCUUUAAUAAGAGAAACAUUCAACUGCCCGUAAUUAUCUGAAUUCCCAACAACUUUUUGAAAGGUAUCGAUUUGUAUUAAAAAUAAACGUAAUUCUUUUAAUAGA